AUGAGGAAUCUUGGAGAGGACAUGAAAGAUAAAGAAAUCAUGGAGAAAAUAUUGUGCACACUCUCAGAAAAAUUCACAUACGUAGUGUGUUCAAUUGAAGAGUCAAGAGACAUUGACAGUCUCUCGUUUGAAUGCCCUAUCUCGGAAAAGCAAGUCAACUACGUUGAGUUUAAUGAAGAGGAGGAACUCGUUUUGAUAGCACAUGUGGAGAUACAAGGCGCAAAGAUGGAGGAUUUAUGGUUUCUUGACAGCGGAUGUAGCAAUCACAUGUCUGGGAUCAAAAAGUGGUUCUCAAAUUUGGAUGAAACUUUCAGGCACUCGGUGAACCUCGAGAAUGAUGCAAGGAUGAUGGUUCAUGGGAACGGCAACAUCAAACUUAAGAUAAAUUAUCUGAUUCAAAUAAUCAAGGAUGUGUUUUAUGUCACUGAUCUAAGCAACAAUCUUUUGAGCAUCAGACAAUUGCAAGAAAGAAAACUGAAGAUUGUAAUCAAAGAUAACACUUGCAAAAUUUAUCACUCAACUAAGGGACUCAUCAUGGACACACAAUGA